GUAUAUAAGUUGGAUCGCGUGGCCUCUAUAUCGUUACCAAGCCGAGCAAGACGGAACCAAGCAGAGCCAUCGAUCGAUUGAAGAAAAGUCGGAGAGCGUGCGUGCAAGAAAGCGUGGGCCGCCGGAGCUGCUAGAGGUAUUAUCCCCAUCUCUGAUCGAUUAUGGACAAGGUGCUGGCCAUCUCCAUGCCGAGCAUGUCGUCGGUAGACAUCGCCCCCGGCGCGGGCAGCAGCGGCAGCAGGGCUCGGCUCUGCUGGCGGGGGUCGAAGCUACAGGAGGACGAGCAGACUGGAUCAGCUGGGAAACAGGGAAAGCAGGGCGGUCUGCUGGUGGAGGAAGAGCAGCAGGCGGGCAAGGGGAAAUCGCAGUCACCGCUGCCGCGGUUCGUGCCGGAGUUUGAUGGGAUCGACUGCUUUGAGACCAUUGUGUGUCAUUAA